GGGUGUCAGUCAGCAAAUCCUCACUCAUGUCAAUCAAUUCUCAUGUCAUUCAAUUCUCAAGCAAUUUAUCCUACACUCCCAAAAUCACGUCAAUCUGCAGUCAAUUAAUUUUCUACCCUUUACUUUCGCAUUCGCUCUCGCAUCUGCUUACGAGUUUCCUGUCUUGAAGUUCGUCGGAACUCAAACAUCCAACGCUUUAGUCCAGCCGGGGGUAUGACGUUUCUUCCGCAGCUUCCACGCUUCCGCCGCACCUCAGAAACAUACCAGCAUCCAUCCCUCCCUCUCCCUGAAGUGCCUGCCAACCAAAACCAAAAUCAAACCGGAUGGCAGAUCACACACUCUCCCUUCAAACCCGCAACCGCACCUUUCAUUCCGUCCUUUCUCUUUCUUUUAGACAUCCCACCAAACCGAUACCUGGAGAAUGGCGAUCAUACUACUCGGCGCUGACUGAUGACGGCGAGGAGAAACAAUCCCCCUCCUGCCGCCCCGGUCGCCCAGAUCUACAUACGUCCGGUAGCCAGGCCGGUCCAAAGACCGAGUCGCGGCCUGAGCAUGGAACGACCUCCUUCCGCGCUUCCUCCCUUUCUCCUUCAAACAACCCUUUCCCUCGUACUCUCCCGCACAUGCCAUUAUUCCCAGUUUAUUUUCUUCUGAAGACUCAGAAUACGAUUUUGAGUUCGCGGUUAUUUUUAGCCUGCAGCAGAAGCAGUCGGAAAGCGAACGCUUUUAGAUGCUGGGCUGUCAAAGCGUACAGUAGCCAGCGCUUCGCAUCAGUAGAGCUCAAUUGGGCGACUGGGGUGACGGAGUGACAGGCUUGAGCGGAUCGGAGCGGGGUCGCCAAGGUGGCGAUCCCUUGCGUCAUGGCUCGUUUUGUGGUGGGGUACGGCAUGGCGUCGAUUCUUUGCUUUUUCCAUCGGGUCUGGGAUUUGAGU